GAGUUUAGACAAACUUAUCUUUUCAGGUUUUGACACAUUGAGGGAAAACUGCAAAAAUAAUCAGAGCGAUGGGUCACUACGGCUGGUGGACGGAGGCACAUGUGCUCUGUGCAGCAUGGAGAUACAUCUGGUCAGGUCUACCGGCAUGCGCAGGUGAGGCACGGGGAGCACAGAGCAGCAACGCGCUUGGCACGUCACUUCCCAGGGAAGUCCAAAAGUUUUCCAUCUGUGCACCAGGCUGCAGUGGGAGGAGGCAGCUUUGGGAUUAAGUGGGGUCUGUGCCAAGGCGGCAGGGCUAGAGUUUGAACUGCUGCUGCGGUGCUCAACAACCAAACACUCGCUGAAAUUCACCGCUGACACGGAAAACGCCUUUGAAGUCAUGCGUAAAAUCAGUUCUGUGCGCAUAUGGAAGGAUUGACAACUCCUCCUGCAAGUAUUUUUCGGAGAUGACCUGAACUUUUUUUUUUUUUUUUUUUUUCAACAGAUCUAACAAGCCCUCUCUCCGCUGUAGGGUCAGGAGAGCUCGAGCAGUUUGGACACCUCUACUUUUGUUUUACUUUCUUGAUCGGGGGGGUUCGGGGAGGAGAUGAGUGCUCAGGAUGGGACAGUGCAUCGGUACCGAAGUCACAGAGGAGGAGAAGAAGGCGAGGAUCCAGAGUGCCAAGAUAGACAGAGACCUGUACGAAUGCGCCAAGCGGGAAAUGAAUGUGGUGAAGAUACUCCUUCUAGGUGCAGCAGAGAGCGGUAAAAGCACACUGGUCAAACAGAUGAAAAUCAUCCACAGUAAUGGCUUCACCAAGCAAGAGCUGACCAGCUUCAAGCCCGCUGUACUGGAUAACCUCCUGACCUCCAUGAAGUUUGUGCUGCAUGGAAUGGGCAUUCUCCGCAUCAACUUGGCUUACAGCAGAAACAAGGUUCAUGCCCAUUCGGUGCUGUCGUGUGGGCGGUGUUUUGACGAAGAACAGGUUCUGUUUCCCUUCUUGAGCCAUGCCCUGUCCUGUCUGUGGGCCGACCAGGGGGUGAGGGCCGCGGCCGCCCGGGGUUACGAGUAUGAGCUCAAUGACUCUGCGCUGUAUUUCUUUGAGAACAUGCCCCGCAUCACGUCUGCUGACUACGUGCCCACAGAGACAGACGUCCUGCGAGUACGACUGAGGACGACCGGCGUUAUAGAGACUCAGUUCAAAGUCAGCCACCUCAUUUUCAGGAUGUACGACGUGGGAGGCCAGAGAACCGAGCGGAGGAAGUGGAUCAGUUGUUUCGAGGAUGUCAGGGCAGUGCUGUUUGUGGUGUCGCUCAGCGGAUAUGACAUGACCCUGGUGGAAGAUCCCUCCAUGAAUCGUCUCCAGGAGAGCAUGAGGCUCUUUUCCUCCAUCUGCAAUAAUGUCUUCUUCCGCAGCACAUCUGUGAUUUUAUUCAUGAACAAGAUAGACCUUUUUCAAGACAAGAUUUUGCACUCUGGGCGACACCUGCGCUUUUAUUUGCCGCAGUUUAAAGGUGCAGACUGUGACGUGGAUUCGGCCGCCCGCUUCAUCGCCACCACCUUCGUCUCGCUGAACAACACGCCCAGCAAACUCAUCUACCACCACUUCACCACGGCAACCGACACGUCCAACAUCCAGGUCGUCUUCCAGGUGGUCAUGGACACAAUAAUCAAAGAGAACCUGGAGGCGGUGUCACUCUUGUAGCCGCCAGAAAGUGAGACCUCGCUGAACUCUGAAUGUCUGAUUUUAAAAGACUGACAUGAACCGCGAAAGACGAACAUGAAGAUAAUCUCCUCCUGACAUGCGGUCUCUGUCCAGAAGGUGCAGCCUGAGAGAUGUGAUGCUCUUUGUUGCGUCGUAUCCUCUGGGACUUUCUGGUUGCGUGUAGCUUUGAAAAACUUUUGUUUCACUGAAGUGUCUUAAGAAGAUGAGCCCUAAAAUGUUGACCUUGUGUUAAAAGUAAUUAAUAGUCAUUGAUAUUUUUGUACUGUACUUUAAGAUCAAACUAUGAACAGAUAUUUUUGAAGAGCUAAAAUCUCUAUAUGUGUCAUUUAUUUGUGUCCCCCUCCACUUGUGUGUGUGUGUGUAGGCAGGACAGAGAGGGGGUGAGGAUUUACUUCCUUGGCGCAGGGCUCACUCAUGCAUACCAUCAUGUGUUUUCCGCUCAUCCAUCAAUGUGUCUCCGCUGUGCGUCACGCUCUUCUAAUGAGGCAGUGAUCACUGUAGAGUCGAGCCAGUUUGUGUUUACUUGAUCUGAAGUCUUCCACACUGCGUACAUUUUAAUCUGACUUCUAGCAGUCAGCGAUGAAGCUGGUGAACUCGAUAUCAGAGACGGAGAGGUGCGUGUUAAGAAGCAUCCCUGAAGCUUCUGGCUUUGGUUUAAUUCCCUUCCUUUCACCUGUGACAUUUAUUGUUCCAGUAUCUGACACACGCAUGCAUAAACCCUGAUUUGUCAAGCGGGAGGAUGCCUCCUGUUUGUGAUUUGUGUGGCAUUAACUCUGCUGGAGAUUGUUUUGAGGGAUCCCCUGAGCGACUGACUCUCCUAUCACACCAGCUUCUCUUGACUCCAGUAAUAAACAAGAUAUGGAAAUUACUGUUGCGGUCUGAUAGGUGAUACUCAAAGUAAAAAAAUAAAUAAAAAGAAACACCCUGAAGUGCCUUUAAAGCAAGUUGUUGCUAAUAUAAAUGCAUCACACCUGAUGAAAUGUGUGUUUCCCUCUUUCUGUUUUUCCCCCAUGUUCAGAACAAUGUUUUGUGUUUUCAUACUGUUUUUCAGACAAUGUCUGUAAAGUGUUAUUUUAUGGUUUUUCUUGUGUACUGCACUGCAGUACAAAAAUAAAUAUGAGAGGCCGUCAA